UUUAGUUCGGAACUUGUUUUUAAUCGCAAGCGUCAGAGGUUUCUCAAUGAUACUGAGUCCGAAUGAAAAUCAAAAUGGAAAGGAAGAGUUUGCCGGCUGAUCCCGAAGGGAUCGACAGGCUCUGUAGAGUGUGCCUUUCGCGGAAAAAAAAUAACUUAUCCAUAUUUCGAAUAAACGCGGACGAUCCUGAGAGGAGUUCUAACCUCAACUUAUCCGAGAAGCUCCGAGUCUGUGGCGGUAUACAGAUUCUUAAAGACGAUGGGCUCCCUGAUGGAAUCUGUUUUGACUGUAUAUCAAAGAUUAACCUUGCCCAUAAAUUACGUGAACAGUGUCAGUGGGCUGACGAAAAGCUUCGGAAACUUUAUGGGAUUCCUAUCGAUGCACACAGAUCGGAUAGACAGAAAGAUCAAUGGUCUCAGACAGAACCUUUCUCGGAAUUGGAAGGUGUUAAAAUGGAGCACCCGAUAACAUCAAGAAACAAAGAUGCAGUUUCAGAUAUUGACAGCAAUUCCGAUACCGCAGAGAAAACAUUUUCUCCAUUUCCUUAUGGGAAGCACGACGAACUCGAAGAGAAAAUACCUUUGUUCGUUGUUCAGAAGAAGUUAAGGGUGCAGAUGAAAAUAAGGAGAAUGUUAAUGAGAAAGGAGAUCUUAAAAACAAGGCGAAUAUCGAUGUUUAAAAGGAUAACAUCAAUGGAAAAUUUAAAAAAUUCUAAGGAGAGGCAAAGACAAUUUAUUAAGAAAAAUGUUAACGCAAAGCAUGAAUUCCUUGAUCAGAACAUGACACCGAUUAGAAAUAAUUUGAGACGUAGACCCAAAAGGGAGUCGAAUCAUAGAACCGAACCCCUUCUCGAAUGUAUUAAAUGUAACAGGUCAUAUUCCAGUAAAAAGUCAUUAGACAGACAUGUUUUGACUCACAAGAACGACAAAUUUAAAUGUGAGAAGUGUGAGAAACAAUUCCUGAGACAGGACAAAUUGUUGGAACAUGGUAAAUUACAUGAAUCUAAGGAAAAGCCUAAGUCCGUAGAUUGUAACAUUUGCAAUAAAAGUUUUAGAAAGCUAGAUACCAUGGUUAGACAUUUGAACGUACAUAAAAAGGCAAACCCGAAGGAAGUAUUUUCUAUUUUAAAAGAACUGAGAGAAAGGAGAAAACAGGAAAACGGUGAAGUGUGUUCCGACCCAGAAAAGCAUUCGACAAAGGAUGAGAAUAUUCUAAAGAAAGAAACUCGUCGCGAAGUCGAAGACAAGAGUUUCGAGAAGAAUUUUCCGAAGAAGGUUCCCGAAAUUUCGAAUGAUUCCAAUCACAACCAGGAGGCACCUAAUUCCGAAACCGAUAUCAGCAUCGACACCGAUUCCUUCAACUACGUUCCACUGUAUCGAUGUCAACAGUGCACAAAAUAUUAUACCUCUGAGAAAUCAUUGCAGCGGCACGUGUUGAUACACGACGAAAAGAAAUAUGUCUGCAAUGUGUGCAAUAUGAAGUUUUUUAGACAGGAUCGGUUAAAGAGUCACAAGCAGCGACACGGUCACGACGAAUACACAGAGUGCACGGAAUUUGAAAAACCUGCCGACGAUAAAUCCGCGAUCAAGUUGAUAAACAGCUGGAUAAGGGAAGAAUUGGACUCGGACAACGAAGGUAAAGGGUUUUCUUGUCACAUCUGCGGUAAAUCUUACGUUACAAGGAAGUCGUUGAUAAAGCACAGAGCAAACGCUCACGCGUCACCCGAGAGUCCCUGCGAGGCUUGUGGAGAGGUUUGCAGCUGUAACGACAAGAAGAUUCCCGAUGGAGGUUCCGAGAAGGCGAAGCCCUUCUCAUGCGACGAAUGCAAUAAAUCCUUUGAAAAGGAAUCGAAACUACAAAAACACACAAGAAUCCACGAGCGGGCGAAGGAGCAAGAGGACUCCAAUUUCAAGCGAUUCCUGUGUCACAUCUGCAGUAAAACCUUCAGACAGAACACCGGCCUAAUGUUCCACAUGAGGACGCACACCGGUUACAAGCCACACGUGUGCAAGUAUUGCGGCCGAGGGUUCACUUCUAACUCUAACUGUAUCAACCACGAGCGGACGCAUACAGGGGACCGGCCAUUCGUCUGCCACUUCUGCAGCGCGGCUUUCGCAAAGUCCUGCACCCUGAAAGCACACAUCACGACCCACACCGGCGAAGCGAAUUACCAUUGCAAAACGUGCGGGAAAUCUUUCAGACGAUUGAAGUAUCUGAAGGAGCACAAGUUCACGCACACCGGGGAGAAACCCUACGCCUGUAAAAUUUGCGGAACGGCUUACAGCCAUUCGGGGAGUCUCUUCGUUCACGAGAAGAAGUGCAAGGCGCAGUACAGUAGCUAUCAGCCCGUGCCUGGGCAAACUGGUCACGAUACGCAGAACUAUUGCCAGUCUCAUACCGCGAUCGUUGCGAGCCCCGUCGUGGCUCCUAUACUUUCGAACGUACCCCCGUCCCAUCGCGUAGGUAACGCAAAUAACGUACUAGGCGUUCAAACGAACAAAACCUAUGUAGAUAACGUGCAAAGGAUGAACACCCAUGCGGUAGCUGCAGCUACCGUUGGCAGUCCUAGUUUGCACGUGCACUCUGGCGAUGACGUUUCCGAUAUGGCCUCGGCCGUCAGGAGUUUCGCCAUCGUCGGUCAGAUAUUUCAUUCCUAGAACCAGAUUUCCUGGCCGCUAAUCUGGAUUUG